GAGAAACCCUAUCUAGGGUUCGCGGCGGCUUCAGCCGUCGUUGCUUGGUUCGGUCUUCUUCUUCUUCUUUGAUCGGUCAUUCUAUGUUAAAUUUUUUUUUUUUCCAUUCUUUUUUGGUUUGAUUUGCGUGUUGUUUGAAUUCAAGCAAAGUCUGUUUUUGUUGUUGUUUUUUGAUUCAAAAUCCAUACAUGGAUGAACUCUGUGAUGAGGAAACGACCUCAAGAUAGGAAGUGCCGUAUGACACUUAUACAGCAGCUGCUCUCAUGCCAGCCCAAGACCUUCUUUUAUCUCUCUAUCCAUGUGUUAGAGGUAAAGAUUGGUUCUUUGUGGGUGGUAUGGUCAGUUGUGCGUGUGAUUUUAAACGGGUCUCUGAGAAUUCCUCCUGAGUCUGCAUUGGCUUUGUAUGCUUUUGUUGAUACUUUUUUUACUGUAAAUAUGGUGCAUUUGUAUGGGUAUACACCCAUGAUCUUCCUCUUCUAAGUCUGUUCUUUUUUGUGUUUUUUUGUUUAUCUAGUUUCUGAGAAUAAGUGAUCAUGUUUGUUGUAUCUUGAAUUGUAAAUAUCCGAACUUGGUGUUUUACAUGCAUUGAUGCAGUCAUUCUAAGGUAUUCUUCAUUUUUUCCCCUGUAUGUCGUUUUAUUGAUCGCUGUACUAAUUUGUGCGUGAAUGAUUCAUUUUGUUGUGUCUUAAAGUAUAAAUUGCUAACUUUGCGCUGGACAUGGAUUCUUGCAAUCAUGGUAAGCUAUUUUACAGGCAUUGCCUGUUUUUUCUUUUGUUAAGGUAGUAUUUUUUUUUCUUGAAGUGUAAAGUUGCAAUCUUGAUCCAUGAUGAGCAUUUUAGCUAUCACAUUUAGUGGCCUUUUAGUUUUCGAAUUUUUUAAUUGUUCUCCUAAGUUUUAUUCUGAGUGAUUGGCGAAUGUCUGGUCUUAAACUUCGCAUAAAGAACAAUGAAGCAAAAAUAAGCCUGUGAGGAAUAAUUAUCAAAGUUGGAAUUACCAGCUGAGGUUGAGAAACCAGUGUGAUGAAAACCAAUCUGGCUGUCUGAGGCUUAUUUUUCUUGCUGUCAAGUUUAUUAUUUAAAGGAUGGUUUGAAUUUUUCUUGUCUUUUGUGUAUAUGAGUAAUGAUUUCUAUCGUGGGAUUCUGGUUUGUUUUGAUAACCGCAAGCUUCUGCUUGUUUGAACAGUGUUUUGCAUAGGUUCUCUCGGAUGUGAUGGAUUAAGACUGCAAUAUAUAUUCCGCAAUCCAUUUACUUCUAUAAGCCUAAUGCCACGUCACCUGUAGCUCCAUGCAAUGACUUGUGAUGCUAUGAUUAGGCUGAUAUCAAGUUAUUUCUUAAUGUUUCGCAUAUUGAUAGGAAUCUAUGGAUCAUAUUUGCAUUUGAUUCAUGGGGCCGUUUCCUGCGAUUACACUUCUAUUGUUUUUAAGGCCAUUUUAUUUCUCCUUUAGAUGAUGUGAUGUGGUUCAGGUACUGAUGAAGUCACAGCCUUUGUUUUUACAAAUUUUGAGCUCUAACUGUUGAUCUUGUGGCUGCUGGAGACUUUGGUUAUGUUGUCUGAAGUUCCAAUUGGGUUCUCUCUCGAAUUGAGGCAUUUAUAAUCUCAUUACUUGCUCAAUUUUCUUCAAUGAUUUGUUGAUUCAUAUCCUUGAAUGGGGAUGGUUAUGUUUGCCUUGAUCAUGUUUUCACUUGAUGUUUGUCAUCUCUAACUUUACCAUUAUUGCUGCCCAUGUGAAUGCUAUUCCUAUAGAUAAUAUAUAUUGCUUUAUGUCACUUAUACAGAAGCUGAAGCUGUUUGAACAUCAUGUGGUGAUUUCUCUAACAUCCUAUUACUGUUCUCAAUUAGUGAAAUCCAUUCAAACUAUUGGGUGUUGGUAGGGUGGAGGAUUGGAAUUUAUGGCCUUAUUUUUUAAUGGAUUUUCAAGUUCCAGCUAUGUUUCCUGUCAAGGGUGUAUGAAUUGUGUUUUUGUAUCCAUGAUGAUUCAUUCAUAGCAGUUGGAAUUACCAGCUGAGGUUGAUAAGCCAUAGUUUUAUGUCUUUUUUUCUCUAAAUUUGUCUUUUGAUAAAAUUGUGUUUCAUUCUUGUUUUUCGUUUUGAUGAAAUGUCACUAGUUGGUGGGAUGAUGGAGUUUGAUAUAGAAUAAUUAUUGGUUAAUUUCUUUUCCCAGUUGCAUCUCAGCUGAAAGUUUGUAUUUGCAAGCAGUCUUGGUAAUUCAAAGGUCUGACUUCUUUUCUUUUGAUCGCAUUUUAUAAAGGUUUGUUGCUUUUUUAUAAUUACAAAUCAUGUUUGCUGAUUUAGUUCUGAUUUCAUAUAUUUUGGGCCCCAUAUGCAUCUACUUGUGACUGACCUUUUAGAGUUAUAUUUUUGUGUAUUGUCGGUUACUGAUUGGUUGCCCUAUGAUGAAACAUCCCUCACGAUAGGAAGUGCCGUAUGACACCUGUAAAAGCUGUUGCUGUAUCUCCCUUUCUCCUCCAUCUUCACUUCUAUUUUAACUUCAGUGUUUAAACUCCAAUUCAGGUGUUUGCAAAUACUUGGUAGUUGAGAUUGAGGAUAUGAAGUAUGUUGGAUUUAGGGUAGUGCAGCCUGCUUGUGUGAUUUUAAACGGGUCUCUGAGGGCUUUGUUCAUUUUUGUAAUAUUGUGAUAAAUUUCAUUUGCCAUUAGCCUAAUGCCACGUCAACGGUAGCGGAAUGCAUUGACCGGUGAUGCUAUGAUUAGGCUGAAAUCAAAUCAUUAUCUGAUGUUUCGCAUACUGAUAGGAAUCUGUGUCUCAUACUUGCUAUUGGUUCACAGAGCCGAUAAAUGCGAUUACAUCUCUGCUGUCUCAUCUAUGAAUUGAUUUUGCAUUAUGUUGAAAAGUUCCAUGGAGCAUAUGAAAUUAUUUCUUUUACAGGUGAAUGAUGCAGGAAAUUGCAGAAAGGUGAGAAAAUUUGGUAGUCAUCAGCAUUUUCUUGGGUGGCACCUAUGGCAUCAUCAUACAAGAACAUUUGAAUGCUUGAUUACCCAUCAUGUGGGAGUUAUUUGUUUUUAACAGUCUACAUUAUGUGGAAACGAUACACAACUCACUGUUUUAUUAUCAAAUUGUGAUUGUAUUAUAAAAAAUCACUUUGUUUCUUGGUAUUGUAAACGGUUGUUUAUUUAUUUUUUUUUAAAAAAAACACUUGAUAACGAUUCAUGAAGGGAAGGUAUCAAAUAAAAACACCCCGUUUCCUUCCUUCUCAUUCCAUGAAUCAGCUUCUAACUUGAUAGCCAAAACAUGGCUUCCCCGGUUUCCAAUCCUAAAAAAGAAUUCAAUUCUUUGUUGAAUCUCUUUGCCAUACGUUUCCCUCCCAAAACAAUUCCAAGCUUUCCAUAUAAAGCCACUUUCAUCUCUUCUGAUCCUCACAACAAAAAGAAUGAAAGAAAGAAUGAACAUGGGUCUCCAAUUUCUCUUAUACUUUCUGCUAGUCUCUCAUGCCAUUGUUGCUGAAGGUCUGGCAGUGAAUUGGGGGCUCAAGUCCUCACAUCCUCUCCCACCAAAGAUUGUGGUUAACCUGCUGAGGGACAAUGGUUUUGACAAGGUCAAGCUUUUCGAGGCUGAGCCUGGCCCGCUCCGAGCCCUUGGUAAGUCUGGCAUUCAGGUCAUGAUUGGCAUCCCGAAUGACUUCCUCGCCUCGAUCGCCAGCAGUGUUAGUGCUGCCGAGCAAUGGGUCAUGCAGAAUGUCUCCAACUACAUCUCCCAAUACGGUGUUGAUAUUAGAUAUGUAGCGGUAGGUAAUGAACCGUUUUUAACGACCUACAAAGGAAUGUACCAGCAAACAACAUUUCCCGCCUUACAGAACGUUCAAGCAGCAUUGAUCAAGGCCGGACUCUCCCGUCAAGUAAAAGUUACUGUCCCCUUGAAUGCCGAUGUUUAUCAAACUGCCACUGGUCUCCCUUCCGGUGGUGAUUUCCGCUCUGACAUCCAUGAUGCAAUGCUCUCCAUUGUUAGCUUCCUCCAAGAUAAUGCGGCUCCCCUCACCAUCAACAUAUACCCUUUCCUCUCCCUCUACGCCGAUCCUCACUUCCCGGUUGAUUAUGCCUUCUUCUCUGGUACGAACUCUCCUGUUGUCGAUGGUCCUAUCUCCUACUCGAACGUCUUUGAGGCCAACUAUGAUACCUUAGUCUGGGCCCUUGAGAAGAAUGGCUUUGCCUCAAUGCCUAUUAUAGUCGGUGAGAUUGGCUGGCCUACCGAUGGCAACUCCAAUGCAAACAUUGAAUAUGCACGCAAAUUCAAUCAGGGUCUAUUAAACCGCAUCAUACAAGGCAAAGGGACGCCGAAGCGACCUUCUUCACCGGACAUCUACUUGUUCGGCCUUAUCGAUGAAGACAUCAAGAGCAUCCAACCCGGAGACUUCGAACGCCACUGGGGACUCUUCUUCUAUGAUGGCACUGUAAAGUAUUCUCUUUCACUGGCCGACGGGCAGAACAUAGUGCCGGCCAAAGGCGUGAAGUACUUAGAUCGCCAGUGGUGUGUCAUGUCUCCGUCCGCCAGUGCGACUGACCCAAACAUCCCCGGUGCCGUGAACUAUGCAUGCACGUACGCAGAUUGCACUAGUCUUGGAGCUGGAUCAACAUGUAAUGGUUUGGAUUUGAGGAGUAAUUACUCAUACGCAUUCAAUCAGUUUUAUCAGACUGCUGAUCAACAGAAGGCAGCUUGUGAGUUUUCUAAUCUCACAAUGAUCACUCAGGUUGAUCCUUCACAGGGGAAGUGUAGGUUUGAGAUUAUGAUUGAUUUGAGUAGUCGUGAGGUUAGCCCCCCUCCUCCUAGGAAUCGUGUGCAUCCUAAUGGGAGUGGUGAAGGUUUUCAUGGGGUGAAGAAGAUGCUUUGGAGAUGGGUUCUAGUUGUGUUUAUGAUGUUGCCUUUGUUCUGGUUUUGAGUUUCACUACUUGGUCUCUUAAUUUGUACUUGUUGGUGUUGUCUGCAUGUAUAUAAUAUAUUUAUGAGUCAUAUGGAGAAAUUGUAUGUAUUUUUUAACAAUUGGCAAUUCAGAUUAUUAUGAUUGUUAA